UCAAACAAGAACAACAAAAACCAGCUGUUCGUACAUUACGCAAAGGUUUUUUUCACAUUUGUUUAUUAAAAAUGUCGCUGCUGAGCGCCUUUGCCAGGCUGGGAUUGCAGCGCACUGGCGGAGUUGCAGGCGCCGCCUUUGCACGUUGUAUCCAAACGACUCCUGUUCUCUGCGCCGAACCCCUUAAGAAAAAGAAGAAACUAGACCCACAGAUUGUCAAACAGCGUGAAGACCGUAAGAAAAAGAAAAUCGAAAAGCAAAUCCGACGGCUGGAGAAGAAUGCCCGGCAGUUGAAGCCCGUGGAGGAACUGGAAGUUCCCCUGGAGCUUAUCGAUGAAAAGGACAAACGCCAGAGAAAACUGACCCCCUUGAGCAGUGCAGAACUGGAGGAACGCGCUCUUCUCAAAAAACAGUGGGCGCACUACAAACACGAUGAACGGGUGGCCGACUUCCAGAUCAUCGACCGACUAGUUCAGGCGCAAAACAAAGCUCUUGCAGAGCUUCGACGCGAAUCCGAGGAGCUGUACCAAGCAGCCAUUGAAGUGGAUCCCCAGCUGUUGCCUGUCUCACUUAAAGGACCCGUGGCAACGCCCCCCAUCAAAAACUACGUCAGUCCAGAUGGAGAUUACCUGCACCAAUCCAUGAAGUGGGAGGUCAAGUGAUGUGUGCAUGCGCUUAAGGUCAAACGAAUUGAAAUAAACAGAACCCUUAAUCCCA